GGUGCCCCGUGGAGAGACACUUUGGGUUCAGGAUGCAGACCACCUGGACCUGCAAGAGCUGUGGAGCUUCUUCUGCACACGAGGAGAACUUCACCAACCUGUCUCUCAACCUGGAGCCUGGAAGCUCAGUCCAGGAGAUGAUCCAGGACUACCUGAAGGAGUCAGAGUUGGAUUUCAGGUGCGACUGCGGCGCCAACUCGUCCAGCCAGCAGUCAGCCUUCGUCACGCUGCCCAAAGUGCUGAUGCUGCAUUUGAAGCGGUUCACCUUCACGCCGCGGCUGGGGCUGCAGAAGCUGAGAGACCAGGUCGACCUCUUCAGGGAGCUGAUGGUGGUCUCAGAGCAGGGUGACGGCUGGUACAGUCUGGUGAGCAUCAUCAGCCAUCUCGGCUCCGGAGCGCACGCAGGACACUACAUCAGUGAAGGUCUGCAUCCAGAUGUGGAUUUGGAUGACCCCGCUGACCGCUGGCUGACCUUCAACGACUCAGAGGUCACACGCACCACCGGGUCCUCGGUCUGCCAGCAGCGUCAGCGUGACGCCUACAUCCUUUUCUACCAGCGACGGAUGAUGUAGAGCAGUGGAGGAGGCCACGUGGAGGCGUGAUGAUCCCGCCCAGGUGAUCUGGGCUCAGGUAGGUAUGUCUGUU